CACACAUUCACCAAUCCUCGUCGAUCUACUUCUUGUUCUUCUUCAAUUCCCCUCUUCUCUUGUUUCAUUCAUCUUCCUUCACAUUCUUCGUGUUUCCCAUUUCCCUCACAUUCUUCGUUUUCUUCUCUGCAUGUUCUCGGAGCUCCGGCUCCAUUAACGGAGCUCCGGCUCACCUUUACAAAUCUCAAUUCAAACCAAACAAACAAACUCCAUUUUCUUCUCUGAGAUCUAUCUCCAAAUGUCCAAACCGUGGGGUAACAUCGGAGCAUGGGCGGCGGAUUCCGAACGCGCCGAGGAGGAGGAGCGUGAAGCCACGGCGGCCGCCGAGUCGCAAAGCUUCCCCAGUCUGAAAGAGGCUGUGACUGUCAAACCCAAGAAGGGCAAGAAGAUGACGCUCUCGGAGUUUAACAUGGGCGGUUUCAAUUCCUCUGGCGUUGAGAAACUCACGCCGGCUGAGAUGCUCCGUCUUCCUACCGGUCCUAAGGAGCGUUCCGCCGAGGAAAUGCAGUCCAGCCGCUACGGCGGCGGUGGAUUCUCGUCGUUUGAUCGUGGGAGUCGCAGGCCGGAGCGUGAUGGUGAUGGUUCUUGGGGUGCUGGGAGGAGAUCUUACGGCGGAUUCGACGAUGAGCGUAGGGGUCCUCCUAGUUCUAGGGUUUCGGAACUCGAUCAGCCGUCGAGGGCUGAUGAGGUGGAUAAUUGGGCGUCGAUGAAGAAAUCUCUCCCGUCUCUUGAUUCCGGCCGGGGGAAUCGAUAUGGUGGCGGGGGUGGUGGUGGUGGCGGUGGGUUUGGUGCAGGUGGUGGUGGUGGUGGUUUCGGUGCUGGUGGUGGAGGUGGUGGGUUUGGGGGAGGGUCCAGGGCUGAUGGGGUGGAUAAUUGGAUGUCUGGGAAGAAGCCUCUUCCGUCUACUGCUCCUCCUCCUGCCAGAUCUUCUGGUUAUUCUGGUUUUCGCGAUUCUGGUGGCGACCCCGAUCGGUGGCCGAGGCGUGAAAUGGAGCCUGACCGUGAGAGGCCAAGGUUGGUGCUGGAUCCGCGGAAGGGUGAUGGUUCUGUGAAUGAAACUCCUCCCGCAAUGACGAAUAAGCCGAGUCCGUUUGGUGCUGCUAGGCCUAGGGAGGAGGUGUUGGCGCAGAAGGGAUUGGAUUGGAAGAAGCUGGAUUCUGAAAUUGAGGCGAAGAAGGCUACAAGUAGGCCCACGAGUUCUCACUCCACCACCAGCAGGCCUUCCAGUUCUGAGGGUCCAGAUGCUGUGCUGAAACCAAGGCCGAAGGUGAACCCCUUUGGGGAAGCCAAACCAAGGGAGGUUUUGCUCGCCGAGCGAGGUGCUGAUUGGCGUAAGAUUGAUCUUGAAUUGGAGCGUCGCGGGGUUGACAGGCCUGAGACGGAGGAGGAAAAAUUAUUAAAAGAAGAAAUUGAUAAUUUGAAGAAGGAACUCGAGAAAGAGCCUAAAAUGAAUUCAAAUCAGGAAUCUGCUGAUGAGGCUGGUGCAAAUCAAACUGGUGCGCAUGCACUGUUACUACAAAAAGAAAGGGAGCUGGAACUUCUUAUCCAUGAUUUAGAUGACAAAGUUCGUUUUGGGCAGAAAGCUGUUGAUAGGCCAGGUUCAUCAGCAGGAAGGACUCCUGUUUUAUCUGAUAGGCCGCCAUCUCGCUCUGGCUCAUUUGAGGAUUCCAGAAGUGUGGAUUUUUCAGACCGCCCUCGAUCCCGCGGCACAGGAGAUGCUUGGAUGCGUCCUAGUGACGACCGAAGACAGUUUCAAGGUAGCAGGGAACGAGGGUUUUUUUCAGGCAGCAGAGACAUGGAUAGCAGGUCAAGGUCAAGAGAAAGAUGGUGACGAGCGGUUUUGUGUGGAUUAAGAGUUAUCUUCAACUUUUGAUGACCAGAACCUGAUAGUAUUUUGUUACUUUGUCUUUUUUAAUCGUUUUGUUCAUUCUACUCCAGGAAUUGGAGCAACAGUCAUUGAGUACUGGCAUAUUACUUUUGCCUUAAUCUGUUAUUGCUUCUCGAAACACUGUAAAUUUGUUUUCCCCUUUCGGCUAAUUUUUUGGGUGUCUGGAUGAAGGCAGUAAAAGCCUGUAACUUUAUUAGGACAUAAUUUUUAUUGAAGAUUAUGGAACUUUGCUAGUUAAUGUGAUUGUUCUAAUACGAUAUUAUUUUCCCCUCA